AUGGAAGAAAGACUCAGAGAGAGCAAUAAAAACCCUCCACCCUUCAGUCUAGGAGGACCAGGGAAAGAAGUUCAGCAGCUACAGGAUAUGGCUCUGGGGAUUCCAAUGGCAGUCUGCCUCCUGUUCAAAGCAAUGGCGGCCGCGCUGACCGAAGAAGCAGAAGUGCACGUGACGCCUCCUAGCACAGCACAGCAGAGCAACUGGACAGUCAACAACACGGAAGCUGACUUCAUAGAAGGACCUGUAGCUUUGAAGUUCCCCCACCCUUGUCUGGAAGACCAUCAUAGCUACUGCAUUAAUGGAGUGUGUGCAUUCCACCAUGAGCUGAAGAAAGCCAUUUGCAGAUGCUUCACCGGUUACACGGGAGAAAGGUGUGAGCAUUUGACCUUGACUUCAUAUGCUGUGGAUUCUUAUGAAAAGUACAUUGCAAUCGGGAUUGGUGUUGGAUUGUUAAUUAGUGCCUUUCUUGCUGUCUUAUAUUGCUACAUAAGAAAAAGGUGUCUAAAUCUGAAAUCACCUUACAUUAUCUGCUCUGGAGGGAGACCAUUGUGA